AUGUGUAUCUGCCGCUAUUGCCAAAAUCUCCAUUACCUCUUCUGUUCAAAUCUCUUAAUACUGCUACCCUUACCUGCCAGUGAUGAAAUGAGCAUUCCUAUCCCUAUGAGUACUGGAUCAAAAUCAAUUUUUCUUGCAUCAUUCACAUUGUUGUUGUUCUCCUUCACAUUCACCCGAGGGUCUGGUGAACGGACACAGGUGGAUAGAAUCCGUAGUGGUGCUCGCUCGUUGCGGAAUUCUACGGUGGAAAAGACUCGAACAACAUAUGCAAAUGCCAGCUCGCUGUUGGCCGAGUUACUGUCAGAUUACGAUAUCCGACUUCGUCCAGGUUUUGGCGGUAAGUCAUGAAA